UUUGAGUUUCCCGCGUCUUAUUAAACUUUCAAAACCCCUUUGAUUCCUAAAACCCCCAAAACCCAACAGAUAGUUGCAGAGCCGGAGCGGGCGAAAUGGAGCAAUGGGUCCCACUCUUCGACAUCUUCUUGACCUCCCCGACUCCCGAAUCCGAAGCUUCUGCGUGGCUGAACCAAUCUUUCAGCGCCUCAUCGUCAUCGGCGACCCCAAUCACCACCGGCUCCUUCCUCUCGUUGCUGAUGAAACCUCUGGACUCGAUCGUCGCCGACGAUUCUCUUCCCUCGUCUUCGGCUUGGCCUCCAAGCACAGAUAGGGUGAUGUUUAUACAGACUCUGCCGAACAUGGUUCAGUCGCGGAUUCUUUCGUUUCUGGGUUUGGAGCGUCAGAGGUUUUGCGGUCGGGACUUGGCGAGGCUGGCGAGGACUGUGUUGGAUGGAAGUCAGCAGCUUGAUUUUUGGGUUCAGAGGGCUGCACGCAAUCUGCUCGAUGGAAUGUCCGAUUCAAGUUAUGAGUGGAUUAGUGGCUUGAGUUUGGAAUUCGAGGAGGAUGAAUUUGAAUCCUUGCCGGGUUGUCUUAAGGAUUCCGGGGCUUUUGGUGAGUUGGUUCUACCUUGGCUUCCUGUAUCGCCUGAGGAAUUGAAUUCGAGGACAGUAACUGGUAAUUUUGAAAACAAUGAUGGGUCGUCGAGUCAAGUUGAAGAGGAUGAAGAUGUGGAUAUGAAUGAUGUUUUGGAGGAAAUGAAUAUUGAUGAUCCAAUUAGUGUUCAUCUUGAGCCUGAAAUUCAAAAGAUGGCAGUUAGUUUGAAAGCACAGGUUGCAGAUUUUCAAUCAACUUCUAAAACUGUAGGCUUAGCGAAUGAAAUUCGCAAACUUUGCUUAGACAAAAGAGGAGAUUCUUUGACGAUUUUGGGUCUGAUUGAACCAUGGUUAGCUGAUGACGAGACUGCUUCAAUUCUACUUUCUCAUCUAACAAGCGGAAGUGAAGAAGAGCUUGCUUGGGCAAGCCAGGUUCUGUGCUCGGUCAUCCUUCCCAAAUUGUUGGUACUCGAGGAACCUGCUUCUCGAGUGCUAGUGACUGCAACAGUAGAUUACUGCAAACUCCAUCAAAGGGCCUGUGAAUAUACACUCUUAUUUCCACUGAUUCUUCGACAGGAUGGCAUCAAUAAUCCCAUAUGUGAUGUGAUCGCGAGGAUCAUCAAGGAAAGUUUGCACCCGGCUCAUGCUUCUUCUUUCUGUCAGAAGCUCCUGUGCGGAGAAAAAGAUGAGAGGAGAGUCAUCUGUCUCCCUUGCCACCGAUAUCUGAUAACCGAUAAAAUGGUAUGGACAGAAUCAUUGUUUACCCUGCUCGAAAGCAUUUUGAAUCAUAAUGUUCAUUUAACACAGAGUUCAGUUGAUCAUAUUGUUUACCAGGCUCAGCAAUUGGCCGAAAUAUUUUCGAAUUCUCUGAAAUUUGGGAACUUUUUGUUAUGCUUAGUCAACAAAUGUUCUCCGUUCUUGAAGCCUCACAAGCUUACAUUGACUGAAGUAGUCGAGCAAAACAAAACCUUUUUAGCCAGAUCAAUAUUAGGAAAAUUGGCUGGAUUGUAGCUUUUGUUAAUUGUAAAUCUUUGUCUGUGCUUUUUGCUGUGAGCCUCUGUCAGUCUCGGCGAAUGUACAUUUUGAACAUCCUUCAGAUCUUAUUUCAAACCUGUUUUUGAUUAAUUAGCUAAGAGAGAGCCUUUUUAAUUAUUGGUCUUCAUUCACUGAAGUUAUCUAAGCUGCUCG